AUGACCUCGGACUCGCUCAUACAUCGCCCGACUGAGUCCCUCAUCCUUCCAAACAAGCGCCGCUUCUUCCCUUUAAAGAUUCCCAACUUCCACCUCCAGCUGCGCCACUACAUCAGCACCGCUGAUCCUGAUCGCAUUUAUGUCGUCGUCGAUCGAAUUAUUGUUGCGAUCCACAUUGCGGCGCAAAAGCGGGAGAGCAUAGCCGUCAUUCCGUUCGAGCCGCGAUGCUUGGCGGCUGGACACGGGUGGAUCGCAGUGGGUGGGCCAGAAAACGGUGAAUGCGCUUACAUCAGGAUCGAUGAGAGUGAACUACAGGUUCAUGAUGAGACGUAUCCACCCCGCCCCUCCGAUGUCGAUAGUGCGCUUCCCCUCGACCUAGAACCACCGUCCCGGCCCCCGUCGCCGGGAGCGUCUGGGAGCGCCUCGGCACGUCGUCCGCCCAGACGAUUAUUGCCAGAACUCAUUUUACACAAGUUUGGAGGCAGUAUAGUCAACUCUGUGACUAUCCAUCGCUUCCCCGGUAAUGGCGAAGGCACCUUGCACGAAGAUGUGAUGGUCCUCAGUAACAACGAUCAUACCGUGACCGUAUAUUCCUUGACUCGAUCCAAGGUUCUCAAGAUCAUACAACAUUCAACUUGCAUGAACUAUACAACUAUCUCCCCAGAUCAGACAAUCUUGGCUGCAGUGGGUGAUGAGAAUCGAGUAUAUUUUUAUCGAAUUCUGCGUGACUGGGGGCCAAAUGCGUCUAUAGAAACAGAUGGCAGGCUCGCGGGCUGGGAAUGGGAAGAGCUAAAAUGCAUCGAGAUUGAAAUUGGCACACGUGUCGAUGAUGCUUGCUGCUUUACUAUUGCCUUUUCACCAUCGAGCCACCUGUGUGCUAUAGGCUCCCAAUCGGGAGUCAUCACUGUCAUAGAUGUAGAGGUCGUUCGCCAGGCCUCAGGAAGUGCCGAGUCCGAUGAAAACCCGAUUCUCUACCAGUUCUUAGCUUCCAGGCCCUGCCAGGAGGGUGGAGCUGUGCGCUGCAUGACGUUUUCCCCCGAACCAUGGGACUUGUUGGUAUGGCUGGAAGGUCAGGGGCGAGCUGGCAUCGCAGAUGUUCGCCAGUUCUUCGUCCGUAGGCAAAUUCUAGAUUUAAGUCUUGAUGAUCCACAGCUUCAAGCGGCUCGUUUAGAGCCGAUGGGAGAAGAUUCGGAUGAACAGUCUAUGGACGAUGACGACCUGGCCGUGCUACCCCCACCUCCACCGCGACUGAGGAUUCAUGGCGAUGAUACCGCAGCUGAGCGAGGCCUGGGAGAAGCCGAUCGCUCUUCGGCGCGAGAAAAUAUAAUGCAAGAUCUCAGUGAGCGAGAGAGAUUGAUCAUGGAUUUUUUGAACACAGCACGGUGGACUUCAAGGCUUGAAGAAAGACUCACCGAGCGGCCAGAGCGGCCCGCCAGAACGAGCUUGCACCCUCAUCAUGCUCGCACGCGACACUACGACCCCACAGAUGGGGUCACUCGAAGCUCUCAUCCCAGUUCACCCCCUAACCAAUAUGAUUCUUCCGAGAUCGCUCGCGAUGUAGAUAGUGAAUUAUUCCUGCCACCCCCUCCACCUCCACCGCGCAUGGGUCAUUCCAGACGAGCAAAUGCUCCUUCUGAGAGGUCGUACCAUGCUAGGCGCCAAAGCUCGAUUGUUGUCUCUCAAGGAAAUCGACCUACGGAAGUCGAAAAUUCUAACCUCGAUCCCCAGCCGAGUCUGACCCUUAGUUGGACAACGUCACCAUCUGAGCUCCUGUCUACCGGAUCAGACAUUACCUCCCGGGCCCUUGAUUCAGAUCUUGUCGAUCACGAAAAUGACUCAGGUCCAAGAACACCAGAGGCAAUAGGACCCUCCCCAGUGCUCGACCUCGGCAUUUCCUCCGAAGCUCUCGCUAGGCUUCGCCCUCAACGAUCAAGCUCUACCCCGCGGCGAACUGAACGACCCCAGACCGCGACAGAACGGAGAUAUGAUCCUUCGAGACUCUCUAACUAUGAAAUCAGAGCCAAUGUUGCGGCGGAGCGUCUUCGACGUCAGCAGCGCCCAAUACCAAAUGAGGUACACAAUCGCUCCUCAAUUGAACGAGAGCAGAGACAUCGCCAACACUUUCUUGGUUUUGAACAGACACACUCCCCUCGUUGGAUCAGAAAUAUCAUCAACGACUUACCUGACCGAAAUUCAGUCAACGGCUCUGGUGCCAAUGAGCCAGACGCCACAGCUGGGCUGGGUUGGGGCGCCGACGGAAGAACAUUAUAUUUAGCCACAGUGGAGGGAAUAUUUGAGUAUCAGCUAAACAUACACGACCGCCGAACUUUUCCGUCAAUCUCAUACCGAUAA